UAUUUGAUUAUUAUAACAGUGAUCCGAGAUACGAGAUGUUUCUUGGAAAACGGUGCUACGGCUGCUCACCUCUUUGUCAACGAGGAUCACGCAGUUGGAGAUAUCGUCGGCGUACUUGGUGUUUUAGGAGAUCCAGGACCACACGGGGACAUUAAAUUGAGACUUCAAGAACUCGAUAGUCCUGUUGAGUUUUCACCUUACUCGAAAAACUUAACAUUAACAAGACCAUUAGAUAAGGAAGGUGUUGACGGACCUGCAAGCGUUUACGUCAACGUCAUAUGCGAAAGAAAGCGUACAUUAGAUCCAGGUUUCGUGAUACCGGUUAAUAUUCGCGUGACUGAUGCCAAUGAUAAUGCUCCCCAAUUCGUAAACGCACCUUACGUAUUAAAUAUUUCUGAGGUCACGGUCGUUGGUACAAGAGUAUUGCAGGGUGUUCGAGCAGUGGAUGCAGAUCAACCAGGGCCUUAUUCUACUGUACAAUAUGCCGUUUUACCGGGACCUCAUUCUGAAUACUUCGUUUUUGUGAAUGCAUUAGAGGGUACGUUAGUAUUAAGAAAACCAUUGGAUUACGAAGUUCUUACAAAUUUUUCUAUCGAUAUUCGAGCACAAGAUCAGGGUAAUCCACCACGAUCCUCGACAACGACGUUAUACGUAAACGUAAUUGAUGCCGAUGAUCAAAAUCCUGCGUUUCUCAAUGAUCAGUACAAAGUCAAAGUUCCUUCUCAAAUGAAAACGAGAACACAUUUGAAAGUGGAACCAGCAUCAAUAAAGGCUGUUGAUCAAGAUAGUGGUAUAAAUGCACCCGUUAGAUAUACCAUUCAAGGAGGAAUUUUACCUUUCCUUAUAUUAAAUCCUGAUACUGCUGAAAUAUCUAUUAUAAGAUCGUUGCAAGAUAAUGAAUUGUUAUCUCCAGCUACGAUUGUCGUUAAAGCCACUCAGAUAGACAAUCCUGAUAGGUAUGCAUUGGCAACUAUUGUUGUAUCUCGAGAGGAUGCUUAUGGAACAGGUCCUACAGCAGGAGGCCGAAUACCUACAAAAUUUACCCUGAAAGAUUAUCAAGUAAAAAUUCCAGAAAACACGCCCUCGGGUAGCGUUAUUUUAACCAUGAGUGUCAAUAAAGCUGAUACUACAUUAAAAUUUUGGCUUGUAGGAGCAGCCGAAGAUUUGGAAAGGUUUUCUGUAACACCUUCUGGCGAAUUAAUAUUAAAGGGUACACUUGAUUAUGAGAAAAGAACUCAACAUAGUUUUUUGGUCCAAGUUACUGAUGGUUACUUUAACGAUACGUCUAGAGUGAAUGUAUCAAUCGAGGAUGUUAACGAAUGGGAACCUAGAUUUCGACAUCCCAGAUAUGAAUUUCAUGCACGUUCUUUAAAAGAAGGUUCUAUCGUUGGAAGAUUGGAAGCAGCGGAUGGUGACAGAGAUGAUACGGUUCGAUUAUCUUUAAGGGGUCCGGAUGCAAGAUCAUUCGAAAUACACGAUAAUGGCGAAUUGAUUUUGAGAUCAGCAAACACCAUAAACGGUUCUAUGGCACGUUUGGUAGCUGUUGUAUCGGAUUCGGGACGUCCUCCGAGAUCGAGUAUGGUACCUGUAAUAGUUCACAUGCCGAACGGUGCAUCGUUACCUGUUGCUGCAAGAGCUGCACCUGCUUGGUUAGGUAGCAGCGUCCUUUUGGUUGCAGUUUUUGGUGCUGUUUUAGGACUACUUGGUGUUGUCAUACUUAUUCUUAUUCUUUACAUAUACAAACAUAAGGGCAGUAAAAGUGGUGGAUCAGUAAGCUCAGUUGGAACCGGUUAUCGUGAAAAAUCCCCCGUCCCAUCAGCUUUGAGUCCAACUCCACAAGUAUUAGGUGCCAGUGCUCUUCAAGAUACAUCCGAAAAUAGUUACAGGAAACGUUCAACGACAAACGAAAGUGGAAGUAACGCUAAUGAAACCGUCACCGAUCUAGAUGCGCCUUCCACCGGUUUCGGAGAAUUGAACGAGCGUGCCUACGCUGCAACAAUCAAAAGUGUCGCGUCGGCUAGACAACUACCUCUCUAUGCUAGGCAUAAGAUUGCACCAGCACCUACGAAUCCACCUGCCUUAUCAGCAACAUCAAACAUUCCGAAUAUCGGUGGUCUUGUUCAAAACAUGAACGACUUGAGUGCGAGGAACAAUCUAGAUGCAACUUCCCACGAUUCCUCAACUUGUUCCGGUGAUCCACCGGACUCUUUGAUGACUGUCUGGCCAGUUGGAUCUAUGUCACCUAGGGUAAAAAAACUUUCUUGGGACGACGACGAUAGGACUGUUGAGAGUAUCGACGUGAGAGCAGAAACCAGGCCAGGAAGCACUAAAACUGAAACCGAACGUCUAAAUCUUACCGUUUAUUUUUGAAAGUUUAAUUAUUAUGUUUUUUAUUUAAUUUAACGACGAU